GCUUCUUGCGGGAAGCCUUGAGAAGACUUGGGACAACAUUAGUAGUGGCUGCGGUGCGGAUGUCUCGUUGGACUUUCCCCACCAAUUCCCACACCAAUGGACGGGGGAGUGCUGUCACUGAAUGGACAAUAUUUCUUUUCCUUGUCAUAGGUCGUUUCCAUGUCCCAGUGGUUGCUGUUGUCAUUUUUAUUGUUGUUUUGUUGACGUUCUUGGGAGGACAGGGAGAGGAUUAAUCAUACCAGGUCACUUACCCAAGUAUUGUUACCUCUUGUUCCAAGUGACAAAUGAUGUUAGACCAAGGAAGAGUCACAUUUAAAGCU